AUGUCUACAAAGUUGGAACUGAUCAACGCGUUGGAGUCCGACCAGGAGAGCCAAACACAAUUAUUGCAAUCAUUUAUUCGAGCCGCCUCGCCAAAUCCACCAGGAAACACCCAAGCUGCGGCCAAAGUACUGACUGAAUAUCUCAUUUCGAAAAAUAUCCCUUAUGAAAUCAUCGAGCCGAAGCCGGGAUGUCCAAAUAUUGCCAGUGAAUUCUCCGGGGGCAAUGGUCCGGGUCCGCGAGUUGUUCUAAAUGGUCAUAUCGAUGUUUUCCCGGUCGAUGAGAAUGCUCCCGGGUGGAUUCGUGAUCCUUGGUCGGGAGAUCUGGUUGAUGGGCGUGUUCAUGGUCGGGGUGUUGUUGACAUGAAGUCUGGAACCGCGUGCCUUGUCAUUGCUUAUGCAUAUCUCUAUGCUAGAAGAAAAUCACUUAGUGGAAGUGUCGCUCUUUGUGCUGUGUCUGACGAGGAGACUGGCGGUAGAUGGGGAACGCAGUAUCUCAUUAGAGAAGAUAAAUCCAGGUGGGGAGGAGAUGUGAUGCUGAGCACCGAGCCGACGGGUCAGACUAUUCGCUUUUCUGAGAAGGGAACUUUGAGGCUUUCUGGGACUGUCACUACAAAGGCCGCUCAUGGAGCCUAUUUGAAUCUCAGCCAAGGGGCGAUUCGAACAGCGGCCGAGUUUCUGAGCGCUGUCAUCGGAGAUGUCGAAAGCAUCGAGCCGAAUCCUCCACCUGAGAUUGCCAAGUAUUUGACCGAUCCGAAGGUUCUUGCCGUCGUGGAUGAAGCCAUGGGGCCAAAUACUUCAUCGAUCAUCGCUAGGCCAACUGUUAAUAUCGGAACGAUCAAAGGUGGCGUCAAGGUAAACAUGAUACCAGAUCAUUGCAGCUUUGAGCUUGAUAUCCGGCUACCAGUCGGCCUUGUCGCUAGCGAAGUGAUGACUGUGCUCGAAUCAGCAGCGUUGAAAUAUCCAGACGCAAAGAUGGAGUUCAAGAAGCAAGAAGCAGCUAGUAACCCGGCCAGUUUCUCACCUAUUGAUCACCCAAUCAUAGCCAUCAUCAAAGAAAACGCAGAGAAUGCGGGGGCUUUACAUGCAGUGGCAAUUCCAUCUAUGGGAGCUACGGAUUGCAAACAUUACCGAUAUGCGGACAUUCCUGCCUACGUUUACGGAUGUAGCCCGUUGAGCAUGGCGUCUGUAAACGAGUCUGCUUCGCUUGACGAGUUCUUCCAUGUAACCAAAGUGCAUGCAUCCACAGUCUGGGAUUAUCUGGGAAAGGGAGACUCGUAG